UCCAUUAAAUAACCUUGUAUUUUCACGUUGAUAUAAUUAUUUUAUCAAUUAAAAUGGUACGUUUGCAUAUUAAAAAAGGAGACGAAAGUCAAUUUUUAUAUGACACAUCAGUUGAUGCGCUUGUUGAUGAUGUCAUAAAUGACGUUACUUUUAUCUACAAUGGUAGAUUAAAAGUUUCAAGAAUUUGCUACGAGUUGGAGGAGCUUGGAAAACAUGGUACAAUGUUGCCACAAGACAUGAUGGGUUUGACUGAUGAACAAGUUGAAGAGCUAAAGCUUAAAGAUGAAUGGGGUAACAAGUGUAAUCCAAUGGGUGGAUGGACAUUUAACAGAGACACAAUUGGUCGAAGAAAUGGUCAUCAGCCAAGUGAAAAAAUGCAACAAGUAUUUACAAAAGCUAUUGAAGAUGCUCGAGCAAUGACAUCAAAAAAAUUAGUGGCUCAAGAAAAACUUGUUAAUUUGAAAUUAAUCCAAGAAGCAUUGGAUAUACUUCGAGGAUCUGUCAUGAUUGUUUAUCCAAUGGGUCUUCCACCUCACGAUGUCAUUCGCCAAGAGUUUGAAAAUACCGAGGAUUUAAGUGGUACUCAAGCAUCGCUAGAAGUAAUGGAUAAUCAAUUGGCUCAGCUUUGGUUCUCCGGAAAGGAAUUAUUACGUGGAAAAAAGUUGAAAGACUUUUUGGGUAAUAAUGAAAAAACAAAAGUUGUUGUUAAACUACAAAAACGAGGAUCAGGAAGACCUGGUCGCGAACCCUUGAUGACAGAAGAUGAACAAAAAAAAUUAAUGCUGAGUGCUUAUCGACGUCAGGAAGAAAUGAAGAAACUUGAGCAAGACGAUGACGACGAGUAUCUCAACUCCUCCUGGGCCGACAGCAGCAGUUUGAAGCGACAAUUUCAGGGCUUGAGUAACAUCUCAUGGAGGCCUCACUAAAUAAAUAUUUAUUGACCAAAGACAUUGUGUUUGACAAGGGACAACACGUUUAAUUAUUUUCCCCAACGUAAAUGGCUAAUUAAAAACAAAAAAAUUCUUUUUUUUUUUAAAUAAAUUGCCAGUUGUACUUGUCAAUAUAAUCUUUGGUUUUAUUAUUACAGAGUGAACCAGAUAAUCAUUUUGAUAAUAAAAUUUAAAUAUUUAAAUAAUGCUCAACAAAUUCAACAGUGUGAAUGAAAUUCACUUGACAAAUUUUCCAUUUUUUUUUUUCAUUUCAAUAAAUAAAUUUUAAGUAAUUUUCAAUCAUUUAAAGUGUUAAAAUAUUGCGAGUCAAAUAUUAUUAUUAUUUUCAAUUGUUGAUGAUGAAAAAGAUCCUUUGUUUAAUAUUAAUUGCUAGAUUUAAAAAUAAAAAAAUGUCAUUUGACAAUGAGCAGAGUUGUCAAGCUGACAAGGACAAUUGGCCUGGUUCACUCUGAGACAAAAAGACAAUGAAUUUUAUAAUAAAAAAAGUUGAAAUAAAAAGAUAAAAAUUCAAUUCACAAAUCACGUAAUAUCAAAGCCACGUUAUUUACCAAUUACUAAUAUGAAAUUUAAAAAAAAGAUAAAUAAAAUUACAUAAUGAGUAAAUGAAAAUAAUAUUUAAAAAAUUGAAUCAAUAAUUUUGCUUGCAGCGUGACCAUGACGCUUUUAAUUUACAAUAAUUGUGCAUUGUAUUAUCGUCGCACGAUGCAACAAUUUUUCUCUCGCUACACAUACACAUACACAAAAACAUUAAAUUAUAAUAAACCAAAACAAAUAAAAAAAUAAAGACUAAAACAUCUUUGUACUUGUGGUAAAAUUGGCUUGAAUUAUUAUAUUAUUAUUAUAUUUACACAAUUUUUAUUUUAUAUAUGAAUACAAGUGAUAAUUUAAAGGAAAAAACAAAAUUGUUUUUCGUUUACUGAACAUUAGAAGGAAGCUUGGAAUUGUAUGAGAUGCAGAUGUGUAUAUAAGCUUGUGAAUAAUUCAUUUAAAAAAAUUAUUGAUUUGUCUAAAAUAUAUAUACAUACAAAAAAAUAUAAAUAAAUAAAUAAUAAAACCGCUCCUUGAUACUGCAUCGCAGCCGUCCAAUUAUCAGGCUGUCACUGAACUUAUUGAGCAUGUAAAUGUCGUCCAAAUUAUUGAUCAAACAAUUCUUCCUCGAUGCUUUUUAACGUGUUAAAUAAAUAUUCAUUUCUUUUUAUUAAAAUUAUUUCAGUGACACAAGUGAUCAAAUAUGUAGGCUUAUCAAAAAAAUUUAAAUACUACAACAAUUAUUAAUUAACAAAAAACAAAAUAUUAAUUAUUAUAUAUUUUUAUGUUCAACCACAAACAGCAAAUUAAUUUUAUUAUUUACAUUAAAAUGCAUAAAUACAUAAUAUCAAAUUUCCCAAGAGGAAAGCACACGCACAUAAAAUCAUUGGUCAAAAAAUCGAAACACUAAAAAUACAAAUAAACAAAAUUAUUUAAAUAAAAUAAAAACUCGCUAAAAAUAUCAACGAGAUAAUUAUAUAAAAAAUUUAAUAAUAAAAAAAAAAACUAAAUUGUUUUUAUGAAUUAAGAACAAGUUGUCUGUGAUCUACAAUAAAUGAAAAAAAAAAAUAUUUAAAAAAGUAUAUUAAUAAUAAAAUAAUGUACAUUAAUUCAAGUCCAGAGGAUAAUUUAAAAAAAAAAAUAAAUAAAAUGAACCGAAUAUUGUGGAGUCAUCCGAUGGAAAAAAUUGUACGAUUUUAGUGGCAGAAUUUUGAGCAAUAUAUAUGUAUGAAAAAAAACUUAUUUAUUUUUCUUUUUUGCAAAAAAAAAUAAACAACAAACAACCUAGUUGAAAUAUUAAAAGACGAAAAAAAAUUGUAUAAAAAAUUUUGACAGUUAAUUGUCAUUGUCCAAGGGCUGGGACAGAUUUAAAAAAAGAAGAAAAAAAAAAAUCUUAUUUAUGCUUGUUAUUAAUCUUGUUCCACUUUGCAAGUGUGAAGGAAUCGAGUGCAUAAAAACGUUCAAUAAAUUAAAUACAAUUGCACUUUUCCCAUCACUAUUUAUAAUACAAAAUAAAAAUUUAAUUAAAAAACAAAAUGAGACUUUAGAUUUAGACUAGUUAUACUAAAAAAAAAACACACCAAACAAACACGACAAAAUAAUUUAUUUAUCCCUUAAUCUGGCCACUUGUUUUAAUUAUUAAUAUAAAUCAUUGCCACAUAUUUCAUUGUCAAAAUCGCGUCCUUUUAAGAAUAAAAAAUAAAUUUUUCUAAUAAUAAUAAUGGUGAAUUAUUAAUUUCAU